AUGACUCUUCCUAUAGGAACAGUAACACACGACACAUACAGAUCAUCCCAACGAACUGCCAGAAAAAGAUCUAUUAGAAAUGAGACGAAACUUGCUGCUUUUCAUAAUUCGGAUCAAUUGAAUGAAAAACCCCACGGGGUAGACAAUUUAAAUUCGAUCCAGUUCUCGCGCUUGCUGCUUUUUCUUUCCAUUCAACAUUUCAUCAAUUCGAAUCAAAUGGAGAAAAAUAAACAUGUUUUAAAUAAUAUCGAAGUCGAAGAAGAAACUACAUGGUGUUAUAAUCCGACGCUACUUAGAGAUGCUUUCAACAUUCUUUUACUUUUGAAACGAAUGUCUUUAGGAAAGAGGCAAAUCCCUUCUUAA